AUAGGAUGCUGCGCCGCGUGCAUCGCGUUACUCGCGACGCUCGCUCCACGCGGUCGCUCCUCUCGGUCGCGCUCGGCUGGAAGAAGCGUCGCCCGGCCCGUGCGGUUUCUCUCGGUGCGAGAAAGUGGAAAGAACCCGGGAAAUCGGGAGCGGUGUCGCCCGGGGUGCUCCGGUGGGUUCGGGCCAGGCACCCGAGGUUCUCGGGGGGACAUGUGCAUACGUGCCGGUAAUACGCGCGUCGUCGAGGCUGCAUUUCGCGAGGAUGACUCCGCGGGCUAAAAGGAGACGCUGCAACCCGGAGGGCUGAGCGGACAAUGGCGCCCGAUGCCCUUUCCAGUCACCUAGGAAGGUGAGGGAAGGAUGAAGAAUGCCCCGCGUCGGCGGGGAAGGAGGCGGCGGGGGUGCGAGCGAGAAGUCGGGAGGAGGUGGUUUCGGUGGGUGGCUGGGAGGCGCCGCGAGGGCCAUGACAGGAGGCGGUGGAGGUGGAUACGUGGUCCUGGGUGGCACCAGAUACGGAUUGCGACUCUCUCAGGAGAGCCUGCCGCCGCAGGGCUCGCGGGAGGACUUCCAGGAGCGACGGAAGCGGAGGAACUCGCGCGACGGCGACUCCCGGGAGCGACUGACGGAGCGGCCCUCGGAGAAGCCGGUCUCGAUCGACCUGGCGGCGAGCGUGGCCGACUGCUGCUGCAUCGGGCCGCGGUCGCGGCUGCCUCUGCCGCGCUCCGCGACGGGCGCCGGGACGGGCGCCGCCACGAGCGCCGCGGGAUCGCCUCCCACCCCCUCCGCCCCCUCCACCCCGGCCCCCGCCAGGGCCGGCAGCGCGGAGGCAGCGCAACCGCCGCCAAACUCAAACGCUAAUAAUAACCGCGGGGUGCUGCAAAUGGGGAGCCACGGAUCGCAGCCGCAAUCAUCUACGGCAUCAUCCGCGGCCUCAGUGGCCCACUCGGUCUCGGUGCCGCGACAGCUCGCCCAGUGGACCAAACACCAGACUCUGAAGCUGCAGGAACCAGCGGUGACAGCGGUGGACCGGCUGCACAGGUUCCGGUGGAGCGGGGGCGGAGGAGGAAGCGGCAAGAAGUCCUCUUCCGGCCCCCGCGGCGAGCGGCUGCGCGAGCUGACCGAGAAAUUGAAGGGCCCCGCGCCGACCCCGCCGCCGAGGAGGCCGUCGCGCGUCCAGACCUCGUCGUCGUCGCCGCCGCCGCCAUCGGGCUGCGGCGCCGCGUCGCCGACGCCCCAGCAGGCAGGCCAGGCAGCGGGGCUCCAGGGCUGCGGACGCUGCGCCGCCGAGGGGCGACCUUCCUACCGGAGCUACACCUACAGCGAGGGCAGCGGCAACGGCAACGGCGGGCAGCCUCAUCAUCAGAGGACUUAUCACAGAAGUGACAGUGUCGGUGAAGAGUGGCCGGCGGGGGUGGCGGGCGGGAGGGGGACGAAGGACGGGGGGAGGGCCGACCUCGGCGACGGGACCCGGGGCCCGGUCGAGGUCGCGCCCGGGGCUGGCCACCUCCGGCAGUACAGUGACUCGGUGGUGGACGGUGCCAAGAGUGCGGCCGAACCUCGGAGCGCCGCGGCGCCCGAGGACCACGAGGCCGAGGCGACGGACGCCCUCCCGAGGCUGGGGUCCAGGGGCCCCCUCCUGGCGUACCAUCGACCGGGCGCCCCCUUCCGCAGCGCCUCCUUCGGCCAGGUCGACUUCGAUCAAGGUAACCGACAGAAGACGCUGCCGGUCUCCGGCACGGAAUGCCUCGAGGGGAAGGACGUCCGGGCCAGCACGCUGCCGAGACGCCGGGGGGACGUCAGUCCCGCCGUCUCGACGCCGCGGAACAGUCCCGGUCGACAGAGCCCGAGGGCGUCUACGCCGAGCGUCGACAGUGCCGUCGGCUCGGCGGAGGGCCUCGGCGGGCCCCAAACCGGGCCCGAAGAGGUCAGACCCAGGAGCGACGGGUCCGAUAGCCUGGCCACCUCCAGUGCCCUGACCAGCCCGGAACCUUUGGCUCCGGACACUCGGGAACCCAGGGUGGACCUGGGGCGGCCGGAGGUCUCCGUCGCGCAGCCAGCCUCCGAGACGACCGACCGGACGUCCGAUGCCAAGGCCGAGGAUACCGUCCAGAGAGAGCUGAAGGUUGAACCUCACGAGGUCAUCAUUACGCCGCCCCCUGAAGAGCCUAGAUUGAGUCAAGCCAGCGAGGGGAGCGAGGCUCCCAGCGAGACGCCCUCGGAAGCUUCCUCUCCCUCGGGGAAGACGAGGAGGUAUCGCGGCGACACCAGCAAGAGGAGGAAGGGCGUCUACAUCACUCAGUGGCCGGAACCUUCCGAGAUCGACAGGAACAAACUCGCGGCCCAGAGUAGCGAGGAGAGGGACGAGCCCCCGGCUACGCCCAGCGACUUGUCCGACUGCGAGGGACAGACCCCUAGGAGGUACAGCAAGAGGCCUCUUCGUGGACCUUAUGGACAGAUGCUGGAGGCGGAGAUGGCCAAGCCGAGGACGACCGAUAUCGCCCUGGAGGAGGGUCUUCGCCCCAGGAGGAAGGUGUCGGCCAACCUCUCGUACAACUCCAACGCCAACAGCAGCUCGGAACCUCCCACGCCCUGCCAUCAUAGGACCACCUCCAGUCCCAGCAAACUGGAGGGUCUACCUGGUCCCAGCCCCGAAUUACUGGCCGAACUUCUCAGGGGAUCCUCCGAGCGAGUGGCGCGAGCACCUGCUCAUCGAAACGAUACGAGGACCCACGUCGUUGUGGAACUUUACGACACGGAGAGGUCGUACGUGGAGGCGUUGCAGAUACUAGUCAAUAAAUAUCUGCAACCCCUGAAGAGUCCAGAGAAUGCCGGGCUAGUGGAUUCCGUGACGGUGGAUGAAAUAUUCUAUCAGGUCCCGGCCAUCCUGAGUCACCAUGAAGUCUUCCUCGAGGAGCUGCGCAAGAGGCUCGAGAUGUGGGAACUACGACAGACGAUCGGGGAUGUCUUUCUCGACGUGUUCACGAAGCCCGUCGUCCUGGAGACGUACACGCUCUUCCUCGACAACUGGAAGUCGGCAAAGAAGGCCAUCAAGACGACAUGUCAAGCGAAACCGGCCUUCGCGAGGUUCCUCGAGGCAAUGGAGCGAGAGCACAAGGGGAAACUGGGACUGGACCAGCUGCUCAUCAAACCCGUACAAAAGAUCCCUCGGUACGAGUUGCUGAUACAAAGGCUGCUCAAACACACCGAGACCUCGCACCCGGAUUAUGAGCUUCUCUCGGCGGCGCUGAAAGAAGUCCACGAGCUGGUGGUUAAGAUCAAUUGCACGGAACGAGAAUCGCUCGAGUGGGAGCAACAACAGACGACCCUUAGGGAGGUACAAUCGCUAGUGGAAGGACUCGCCGGAAUCGUUACGAACGACAGGUCGUUCAUCCGCCACGAUCUGGUUACCAUCGCAUCGAACCAGGGAACUCGAAAAGAGCGGGCUCUUUUCCUGUUCUCGGACCUCUUGGUAAUAACCAGCAUUAAGAGAAGAAGCGGCACGAUAAGAAAACCGUCGACGAGCUCGUGUCCGAACAGUUUGGUCGGCUUGCUGGAGGCGAACAAGUACAAGAUGCUGAUGCGGAUACCGCUGGACGACCUAGAGGUGAUGAAAGCCAAAGACGAAAAUCUACGGCGAAUGGCGCGCGAGGUCGACCACCUCAGGGAAGACUGCGCCACCUUGAAUCAACUCCAGGAGCUCGCGGCGACUCUGCACGGUGCUAAGCAGCAGCUCGAGGACCUGAUCAAGGAACUCCUGGGCCAGGCACAGCGGCAGCUCGCCGAGAGAAAUGCCGCCCAUUCUCAGCUGGCGUGCCUGGAACUCACUCUCAAUACUCAAGCCGGGAUGGAAAACAUCUCCGUGAUGUUUACCAAGCCGGACAAGAGAGCGAGCUGGGAGGAGAGCUUCAACGAAGCCAAGCAGAAGCUGGCCUUGUCCGCCGACAGGAGGCCCUGCCCGGAAUUCGUAGGGCCCUUGCCGAUCCGGAAAACUAGGGCUGGGCUUCAGUUCACCUGCGCCGCCCCGACUCUGGCCAACGGCGAGGGGACCCGCGACGUCUGGGUUUGUAACAGCGACGGAUACGUCGGUCAGGUUUGCGUCCUGAGCUUGACCCCGGAACCACCGCAAGUCACCUCCUGCAAUGGCGUUUGCAAUGCCAGGAUUCUCUGCGUCGCUGGAAUCCCGGCAUGCACCCCAGGGUCAAACUCCUGCAUCUCCAGCAAUAGUCCCUUCGCCAGCAGCAAGAGCGGCAUCAGUAUAUCCGUUCAGGAUACAGACGCGACUGGCGGAAAUAUUCAGCUGGAUAGCAGCUCCAGCUCGGACGAUUCGGAUUCAGACGACAUUCCAUGCGCGGACACGGCCAGCACUUCUCUCGGUGGAGAUGUGUCCAGCAGGGACGGAGCCGUGGUCGAAGAGGACCUCAACCAGCCCACGAUGUGGCUGGGCACCGAGGACGGUUGCAUCCACGUGUACAACUGCAGCGACAAUAUUAGGAUUAAAAAGAACAAGGUUAAGAUCCAGCACGGGAGUAGCGUGCACUGUAUCAUAUACUUGGACAAUAAGGUUUUCGUAUCCCUCGCCAAUGGAGACAUCACGGUCUACUCCCGAGAUCCCUACGGUGGAUGGAACACCAGCGACCCUGCGGUCAUCACCGUGGGGACCGUGGCAUCCCCGGUCGUGAAAAUGAUUUUCAUCGGCGGGAAACUUUGGUGCGGCUGCCACAAUAUGAUUAGGGUGUUAAACACUUUUCCGCUUAGCAUCGAACAUACGUUCACCGUUAGCAACGACACCGGUAGAUCGGUUUCCUGCAUGGCGAGCUCGGGAGGUUUAGGAGUCUGGGUCUCGCUGCACAACAGUGCAGUUCUGAAGCUGUACCACGCGACCACCUACGAGGGCUUAACGGAUAUAAAUAUCGCCCCCGCGGUCACGAAGAUGCUUGCCAUUGCAGGUUGCGAUGACAUCAUUCGCCAGCACAAAGCUGCCUGCCUGAGGGUAACCGCGCUUUUGGCCUGCAACGACCUGCUCUGGAUCGGCACCAGUGCAGGGGUCCUCCUGACGGUACCGAUACCGCACAUAAAGCCGUCCACCCAGAGGAUGUCCCAGGCUCCCGCAGUAACCGGAAUUCCACACGGCCACACGGGACACGUGCGGUUCCUGACUUGCGUGGAGACCACGGCGCCGGCCAAGCCGGAUCCCUGUCCGAAGAUCAACCGAUACUCCUUCAAGCCGAACAAGGCGCAGCAGAACAACAUCAGUCGCAGCAAGCUCCUGGUAAUAUCGGGGGGAGAUGGAUACGAGGACUUCAGGGGGCCCCAGGCAUCCGCCGAGCUGCAGGCUGGGAGGGAAGACUCGACGAACCACUUGCUACUGUGGAAGGUUUGAUGUCCCUUGAAAUGGCCUCAGGGAUGGGCCACGGUGAACGCAAGCUGGCGCGGUACGCCGAGGGAAUCGUUGUACAAUGACGCCAAUAAGUGUCGUCGGGCCACGGUUGCUCAAAGCCAGGAUGCUCGAGACAAGGGGAAGGCAUUGUGGUCGGUCGCCGGCCAGGGCAAGAGGACGAAGGGCUAGAACGCUCGCCAUUAGCGCACCCAUGUUUGGCUGGGAACCGGUUCCUUCGACACGGGGCGCUGUUCCGAUCGUAGAGCAUGUUCGAACCAGGCUGGAACUAGAAAGGACGGUCUCGCGUAGGACUAUUAGGGAGAGCCGCGGAAUGAGCCGGGAUUGUCCUCGAGGAGGAAAAAGCCAGAACGCUUGCCAUUAGCGCGACCAUGUUUGGUCACGAGCUGGGAGCGUCGACGCGGUCCCUGGUCUUGGUGGCGUUUUAUCCGCACGCUGUUCGGGGCAGGUUCUGAACGAGUUAAGGAGGUUCGGGAAUGCGGCGUGGAUGUUUUUUAAGGAGAUAGGGCGGAGCUUUCUUAGAGGGGCUGCGUUUCGAUCGCGCGAGAUGCUUUAGACCAGGAGAAAAUCCCCGAUGGAUGUUUAGAGGAACCUUUGGGACGAGUCGACAGGAUUUAGGCAAGGCUGACUUUUAAGUAGUUCAUCCGGCGACGACGCGAUACGUACGGGCAAAUUUUAACCUUGUCAUCUAGUCUAUCGACGAGACCCUCAAUGGAUGAUCAUCGUAGAACGCGGCUGCAUCGAGCGCUACGUGAAAGUGCGCAUUCCAGACAAUAACUAGCGUAAAUCUUAGGAUCAAGGGAAGCGUCGGCAUCGCGGCAGUGAUCGCUCUCUGAGAAAUUCCAUUGUUACUCGUAAUUACUCUCGGUGAGGGAGUGGAUCGGUACCGCGUCGAUCGUUUUCCUGAUUCGGGUGCCAACUGCGAACCAUCGGGGUGAUUGACUCGAUCUUCGACGCCCGACUGACAAUGAGUAUUAGCUGAAUUGUUGCCAGAGAGUUGGUCGCGAGGGCUAGGUCACGAGGCAGUAAUCUGCAGUCUUUUUCCCAUUCGUUCGAAUGUACCUUGCAAAGCAAGACCGAUUGUUCGAUCAGCUCGUUUUAUCAUCGGAGGGGAUGAUUUCUUUCCUAUUUCGGGUCGACCGCGCAUUCGGGGCGCCUCCACGAAAUUCGUCGGUUUAUAUGCCGAACGGGAUGCAGAGGUACACGCGUGUAUGUAGAUUAUGUAUCUUAUGCAGGAACUCAAGGAAUUGCAAUUGAAUAUGAAUCACAGUACCUGGAAGGAGUCGAUCAUGUCGAGCUUAUAUAGUAGGUUGAGAAAACCGGAUAAGUCUUCGUGUAUUCGAUAAAUAGGCCUAAAUAGUAGAGUCGGAGUCAGUCUAAUUUAUAUUAGUACGUCGAAGUGCCAAAACCGAGUACGUUCAGUUCGUUGGGUUGUCUAGGAACAUAUCGAUCCCACCAGACGUAAGCGGGGAUAGUAGGAGAAAUUAACACCCUUUAAUUAAUCACGCGGUUCGAACCUAGCUCAAGACAAUUUCGGAAACUUCUCUGGAGAGGGAUAGGCGACGAGAGUAUCUAGGAGAGUAGUCCGAUUUUUAAAAAAUUCAUCCGACCUUUCGAUACGAUUUUUUUUUUCAAUUACCAAGGAGUACGUGUGAAAAUCAUGGGUAUAGUAGUCGUCGAGGUAACGAGAAUUUCUUUCUCCUACUUUUAAUCGGCGAGGGGAGUGACAUUUCAAAUCUUCUAGAUAUAGCGCACAAGACAUUCUGAGACUAUCAUACGGACCGUAUGAUACAUUUUUCCAGAAGAGGUGUCGCUACGUGUAAGAUCCAAUUAUUUGUAUUUGGGAAUUUCAUUCGUGUACUACCGUUAGUGCAGCAUUUUUUAUUUAUUUUUUUUUUUUUUAAGAAAAUGCGAGACUAGAAUAUUACUCGACGAUCGCACAGCGGAGCGUCAAUGUCCUCGGAUACUUUAGAGAAAAUGUAACGUUGUUGUGACAAUUGCUGGAAUACUUUGCAUACCGUCUUUGGGGAAGCUCUCGAGGAACAACGCGAGGGCUCGGGGACCGCACUUGCGGGAAACGUCGAGUACAAAAUUAAAAUCCUUUGUAUCUAAAUGUCAACAGCGGUGUCUGUAAUCGAGUGUGGUACGAGUUUAGAAUUCGCCGUGUCGUAUUAGGUGAUAAGAUACUAUCGAGCGAACCAGGUGAAUUGGCCAAACGUACUUUCUACCGAAGGCCAUACGAUUGAGGAGCCUUCGGUCUUUCAGCGCUCUAAGCUCCUUUUACGUUGAAACGACCCGGGAAACGAACAGUUGACGUUUUUGUCGUCUACGUAGCAUCCGACGGGCUCAGUUCAAUCAUCGGAUUUAUCAUAGUAAUCUCGUUCGUGGUGUCGACGGUGGUUGGCAGGAAUGAUUAAAAGCUCCGAACGAGGAACGUAUACGGAUGUGUGCAAGUGCAGUAUUCACUUUCCAUUGUGCGCUGCCUACCUUCUACUUAUAUAUUACCGCAAACAUAUAUAUACAGAUAUAUGUAUAUAAAUAAAAUACAAGAGGAGAUAUAUAUCUACAUAUAUUUUGUCUAUCGGUAGGAGAUAAAUACCUUUCGCAUCGGAGACCGUAGAUUAAUAUAAAUAACUUAUUUCCGUAGAGCGUAGCGUGGUAAAAGCAACGCGAGGAGAAGCGACGCAAGUUUGUUACUCGUCUUUCAUAAGUAUAAGGGAACGAGAUAAAGGACCUUGCGAUAAGGAAUCACUCGUCAGGAGAAAUAUUCGUAUCUGCGUAAAGAAUACGCGACCCUCAGCCGAUGUACGUGUACGAUUCGAGUACGAGCGAUCAUAUCGAGGGCGGGUGAAUUAUUUGAGAAGUAUUUAUUAUGGUAUGUUGCGUGUCGUCGUAAUAACGUAAAAAGUUUGCACGUAGGUGCGACGUUGGUAUCGUUAUGUAAUGGAUAACGUGUCUUCGGUAACGAUUGUAUCUUAAGUUACUCGGAGCGAUGUAAGUGUCUAGAGAUGAAGUGUUAGUCUCGACUAAAUAUAUUUGUAUUGUAUAUACAUACAUUUUAAUUAA